AUGUCUAGCACAGUAUCCACUGAUUUUCUAUCGUCUAUAAUUGGUCGUCCCGUUAGUGUCAAGUUACAUAGUGGUAUGCUCUAUCAAGGUAAAUUAGAAUCGAUUGAUGGGUUUAUGAACGUUGCAUUGAGUAAUGCUACUGAACAUUAUGAAAAUAGUAACAAUGGUUUAUUACACAAGUACCCAAACGAAGUUUUCGUCAGAGGUACGCAAGUUUUGUACAUUUCAGAAAUAUAA